CUGCGAGAAAUCGGUAGUCAAGAUGGUCCGCGAGGACCUGAUCACAUCGGCGGUCUCCUUCCUUCAAGAUCCCUCCGUUGCGAGCGCGCCCCUUGAGAAGCGCAUUGCCUUCCUCCAGUCGAAGAACCUCACGCACGAAGAGAUAGACCUCUCGCUCGCGCGGGCGUCCGAAGAGCCCGGCCACCCGUCUACUCCUCCGCAGACUUCGACACCUCCCCACUAUGCAUACAGACCACCUCCCUCCGCUCCCGCAUACGGGAGCUACCCUCCGCCAGGAUACUGGCAACAGCCGCCGCCUCCAGAGCCCCCAAGACGCGACUGGCGCGAUUACUUCAUCAUGGCGACGGUGAUGGGCGGCAUCGGAUAUGGCCUUUACUUCACAGCGAAACGCUACAUCGUUCCCAUCAUUGCCCCACCCACGCCACCUCAGCUGGAGCAGGAUAAAGCAUCCAUUGAUGAAUCGUUCAAGCGGGCGUUUGAUCUCUUAGACCAACUGAACACCGAUACUGCAGCACUUAAGACUUCUGAAGAGGCUCGAACAACUAGGCUUGAUAAUGCGCUUGGGGAAAUGGAGAGCGUCUUGGUAAGCCUGAAAGAGUCGUCCAAGCGGCAGGGAGACGACAAUCGGAGGAUUGAAGAUGAUGUGAGGGGGCUACGGGAACUCAUCCCGAAAGCUUUGGAUGCCCAGAAGGAAGCCACGGAUACCCGGUUGAAGGAGCUCUCGACCGAGCUCAAGAGCCUGAAGACUUUGGUUGGCAACAGGAUGGGUUCCGGCACCGCCCGUCCUCCAGCGACCACCCCCAGCUACUAUGGUCUGGGUCAGUCUCAAGCCUCGGUCUCGACACCAAAUAUCAACGGAGCUGCUAUAUCUUCAACACCGGCACCUCAAUCCACUCCUGCUACACCAAGCGAGCAGCCGAAUGGUACCAGUGUCACCGAAGGCCAAGCGAGCAGCAGCGCGACAACAUCCGCCCCGGCUCCAGAAAAGCCGGCGGCUGCGUCACCAUACGGCAGGCUAGCGAACGGACGAGCUGCCAUUCCGGCUUGGCAGAUGGCUGCAGCAAAGAAGAACGAGGAGGCGAAGAAGGACACGAGCGAGAGCGGCACAGCUGUUGAUGCUAGCUCUGGCUCAUGAAAAGUGACCUUAUCUUCAGUCUCUUAAUGACUCCAUUAUCUCCAUACUGAGUGCUCUUUCUGGCCAUGUAUUAUCUUGGGUAUUUGUGCAGGCAUUUGUGCAGGCGUAGCUGGGGAUAUCGGAACUACUUGCACAAUCCUUACGCUUGGAUAAGAAAAGGAGCACCUCGACAGCUAAUAUACUACAGUCCUUCAUCAUUCCCUCAGUGAGCAGUGACUCUGUGUUCAUAGGUGCUAGACCUACUACACACUUGCUUGGAAUGGACGGGCCAAAGUGAG